AUGUACAACAACACCCACGAACGCGGCAUCCGCCACCAGCAAGCCGCCCCCAGCGGCGUCACCUACGGCCAAUCCACGGCCUCCGGCCCAGCCCCCACCACAGCCGGCCACCACAAGCACGACAUCCUCAACAAAGUCGACCCCCGCAUCGACAGCACCCACGACCACCAGCCCAUGGCCCAACCCACCCACAACGUGCCAGAGGGUACAUACGGUCCCCACAAGUCCCGCAUCGCCAACGCCCUCGACCCUCGUGUCGACUCCGACCUGGACAGCCGCCGCACACAUGAUGGCGGGAUGGGUUCCCAGGCCGUGCACGCGCAGGUUGGACACCACCAUCACAAUGCCGGUGUUGGUGGUAUCGGUGCUGGCGGGGGAAUGAUGGGCACGGGCACGAUGGGUGCCGGAUACGGCGCGGAACAUAACAACUACGGUACCACUGCUGGUGUUGGUGGUGCUGCUCCCGAAGGCACAUACGGCCCACACACCUCGCGUCUAGGUAACGCCGCCGACCCGCGGGUGGAUUCUGACCGGGACCACCGACAUGCUGGUGCUGGUGUUGGGCACCACAGCCACCACCAGGCCGGUAUGAUGGGAGGUGGAGGAGUGAACCAGCCGACGGCCGCACAGAUGGCAGGUACGGGGGUAGGUGCUGGGGGGCCGAUGACUGCUGCGCAUACGUUGGGUCCGCAUAAGUCGGAUUUGAUGAAUAAGUUGGAUCCGCGGGUGGAUAGCAAGACGGGUCAGAUGAAGGGCGGUGCUGGGGCGGGGAGGGGGACGUAUUAA